GGAGGAGGGGUUUGGACUUUCCACUGCACUCCAUCCUUAGAGCAGGAGGAGCUUGUUGGAGCUUUAAAGGAACCCCACUGUACACUCACUCUCAGAGCAGCAACUGUGAGAUCAGGCAAACUUGCAAACCUUCAUCUGUCAGCACCCUUCCAGCUCUGUUGGUCCUGUGCCAGCGAUCCAAGCCAGUCAGAUCCAAACAUGCGGAUUCACUCUGCAUCAGAAGGCUUGUCAGACCGGAUAAACAACCACCCAAAUCCAAGAGGGAUAGCCGCUGGAGGGUGGCUCAGAGGAACAUUUCAGAGGUUUCGAAGGCAACCCAACCCUGAUGUUAAGACUCCCUCUUCUGAAGAUAAACAGCCCUCAUCUUUUGAUGGAAAACGUCCAGUUGUGAUUCCAACAUUUGAGCGGCUUCUUGAGGAACGCCACCUGCACGAGGCCAGCCUUUUGCUGAUAGACAGAGAAAAUCACCUCUUUGGGGAGAUAACAGAGGAAGAGGCACUUAAACAUCAUGCAGAAGAGGUGGACAAGCUCGCUGAAGACCGCAAAGCCCUGGAAACCGUUUUGUGGGAGACCGUACAGCGGAGUUUGUCUCUCAGCUCGGACGAAACCGAGGAUGCAGCAGUUUUAGCAUCCGCCGUGAAGGCCAUAUACCGAGAGGAGGAGCAGGACCAGCUGUGGAAGCACGUGGAAUGCAGGAGUCCCAGCAACUGGAAGAAGCGUCACGAUUCCAUCCUUCGAGAGUUGGUGGAAAGCCGAAUGGACAACCCAUUGUUGGUCUCGCUUGUCAAGGAAAAGCAGUCCUCUAUCCAGUCGGACAUCCACUGCAUGGGCAGGCAGCUAAAGGAGGAUUUGCUCAUUGUGGUCCAGGUGGUGAAGAGCUGCUACCCACCAGAGGCAGACAUCUGUAAUUUUUAUGCCGCAGCCUAUCAUCGAGCCCUCAGUGCGAGACUCAAAAAGAUUGCAGAAUUUGUUUUAGAGGACACCGAUUGCACUUCUCUCCUGCGCUGGGUGAAUCACUAUUAUCCGGGAAUCCUUCAAAAGCCAGAACUGGCAUCUGAGAUCGACGAUGCAGCACUAGGAAAGCUGCUCCCAAAUGAACUCCUGGAGCCCCUGGAGGAGCAAUAUCUCACCAGGGAAAUGAGUGAGCUGUCACUGUGUAUGAGCCAAGUCCUGGAGAACGAUAUAAAAAAAUGGAGCCAAGGAGAGGAACCAAUGAGAGAAGACGGUUGCUACACCAGUCAUCUGGCCUAUGACAUCAUUCAGUUCAUCAAUGGUAUAGUGACAAGAGCUGAAACAACUACUGGAAGUCUACACAAAGCCCAGACGACAACAUGCCAACUCACAGAUUUAUUGCAGAGGUUUAAAAGCUUUCAGGAAGACAUCAUCAAGCAAAACAGAUCCAACAGCAAAGCACACAUCAAGGCAAACCUUGGCUGCAUUGAACAGUUCAGGGAUGUCCUCCAAAGGAAAAAACACUUGUUCACAGCUGAUGUGCAGCAAAACUGUUUGAGUGUUCUGACCGACAUGAAGCAAUCCGCCCAUGUGUAUUUAUUAAGCCCUGUACACAAGGUUCUCAAGCCACAGUACCAGAAGUUGGGAACCAGCGACUGGCUGAAAAAGAAUGCGUUUGAUAAACUACAAAGUAGCAUUGAAAAAGAGCUCCAGGAUCUUCAGGGGUUAGUACAACCCUGUCAGGAGGAGCUGAUAGGCCAGCUUCAUCAGGAAGUGACAGUACAGUAUGUCAAGAGGCUCCUAAGGGGAGACGUCAAACUGAAGGACAGAGAGCAGCAACAUUGGGCUUGCGCUACUGUUAUGGACAAUGCAGAGAGUUUGCAGAUGCUGUUCAGCAAAAUGGGAUCAAAGGAAAUCUGGUUGAAGGAAAUCCUGACCACAAUUGCGGAAGUAUUGAAACUCCAAGAUAUCCCAGCCAUUCAGAUGCAAGUAGUUUCCAUGGUAUCUGCUCAUCCUGACCUGAGCGAGAGACACAUUUCAGCCCUGCUGAAACUCAAAACAAACCUCUCCAAAGCUGAAAGGAGAACCGUCAAAGCAACUCUUGUGGACGCUUUGAAAGCAAUAGACUCUGAUGUGCACUCUCGGCCAUUUUUCUCCAAAGUUGAGGUCAGAUGAGCCGUGCACAUUUCUUCCGUGGUGCAGCCAGGUUGUACAGAAUUAAGUCUUGUAUUUUUUUCUAUGGUGUUUGACACUGGUGUUUUAAGCUAAUCAUUGUUGGAAAUAAGUAAAAGCAGUUUAAGGCAAACAUGUGCACAAAGAGAUUAUUUGUUAUGUGCUUCCAUGAUGAUGAAAUGAAGGUGGUAGCUAAGGGUCAGUUCUCAAUUGUGCUAAUUGUGCUGUUUUUACAAAAUUCAGGUCAGUGCUCGAAGAGCUAUUCUUAGUUUAUUGUAUAGAUAGUUUCUAUUUUCAAAUCAAAGUGACCUAUGUCUUGCCACGAACAGAGUGUAUGUAAAUAAGACAUGUAUCACAUUGCAUGCUCUAUUUGUCAGUUUGUCAUAUUGAGAAUGUAAGUUACAUAAAAAAAUAAAUAUGGUGAAGCUUUAAAACCU